CAGAACCGGAACCGGAACCCGGGCGCACGCCUGCGAGUGUCGCGCGGCCCCCACCGCCGCCGGCCUCCCCCGCCCGCCGCGCGCGCUCCCGCGAGGGCCUCAGGACCCGGCGAGCCAGCCGUGCGCUCCCAGUCGCCGCCGCUGCCGCCGGCCUCCGGGGCCGGCACUUCCACGCCGGGCCGGACCGGAACCUCCCGCCCCUCGCGGGAACCGCCGCCCUCGGCGCGUCGGGGAGGAGCUGCCGCCGCCUCUCCCGACUGCGGAAGAGUCCGGGCCUCCGCAGGAUGGGGAGCAGCCCGCGGCGCUGAGACCAGGUUCCUGUCACCUCUGGCUGCGGGACCCGCUCCGCCGGCACCCGCACCCGCCCCGCGCCUGGUGGGGGCGGCGAGGAAGACGAGAGGGCUUCCCCGGCCCGGGGACAUGGAGCCGCGCGAGCCUGGCGCGGGACGGUCCGAGACGCGGCCGAGGCUGCGGCCACGAGCGGCCGGCAGUCCCAGAUAGAGCGGAGACGAGAGGGCGGGACGUGCAGGCCCCGAGACUCCGGAGGAGGAGCCGACGCCAGCCCUGAGCUGGUCUCGCCCCAGCCCCGGAGGGAUUCCGGGCCCCCUUCCCUGCGGUUCUCCGACUUCCCUCGGUGACGAAGUUUUCUCCCUGUGCCUUUUCGAGGAUUGAUCUCUAGAACUCGCCUUCUGGCAGACUUCCUCGGGUUGUUUGGGGAGAUAACUUGUUUUGCUCCACCCCAUAUCCCCUUUCCUUGACUCCUUCCAAUCGGACGUUCUAGAUGACUGCAUGGAGUUUUGAGUUGGACUUUUGUGUCCCUUACGGAGUCGGGCCUGAUCCCAGAGCACUGGGGGUGGGGUGGAGGUGUUCCUGUAAAAUGCAAGUUGGAUAAAAGGAGGACCUCUCGCCAAGGGCCCCAAUGAGUGGCACACAGUCUACUAUCACCGACAGGUUUCCCCUCAAAAAACCUAUAAGGCAUGGAAGUAUUUUGAACCGAGAGUCACCAACAGAUAAGAAGCAGAAAGUUGAGCGCAGUGCAUCACAUGAUUUUGACCCCACAGAUAGCUCCUCCAAGAAGACAAAGUCUAGUUCAGAGGAGAGUAGAUCCGAGAUAUAUGGUCUUGUUCAACGUUGUGUGAUCAUCCAGAAGGAUGACAAUGGAUUUGGGCUGACGGUCAGUGGAGACAAUCCAGUCUUCGUGCAGUCUGUCAAAGAAGAUGGAGCAGCCAUGCGGGCUGGAGUACAGACAGGUGAUCGAAUCAUCAAGGUGAAUGGAACUCUGGUGACUCAUUCAAACCAUUUGGAAGUGGUGAAGCUAAUCAAAUCUGGUUCCUAUGUAGCUCUCACUGUUCAGGGACGCCCACCCGGGUCACCCCAGAUUCCACUCACUGAUUCUGAAGUAGAGCCAUCAGUCAUUGGACAUAUGUCUCCUAUCAUGACAUCCCCUCAUUCACCUGGAGCAUCUGGGAAUAUGGAGAGAAUUACUAGUCCUGUGCUCGUGGGGGAGGAAAACAAUGUGGUUCAUAACCAGAAAGUAGAAAUUCUGAGAAAAAUGUUACAGAAAGAACAGGAACGGCUACAGUUAUUGCAGGAAGAUUACAACCGAACACCUACCCAAAGAUUGCUAAAAGAGAUCCAAGAGGCCAAGAAACACAUUCCUCAGCUGCAAGAGCAGUUAUCCAAAGCCACAGGCUCUGCUCAGGAUGGAGCUAUAGUUACAUCCUCCAAGCCUUUAGGUGACGCGCUAACAGUCAGUGAGUUAGAAGCAGAUCCUGGUGAUGGACUAGGCAGAAUUGACUAUAGCAGUGGAGAUGUUUCUCGGCACGGCAGUGACAAUGCAGAUAGUCCCAAGAGUGGCCUGAAAGAGAGGAUUUAUCUAGAGGAAAACCUAGAGAAAAGUGAAGUAAAUCAGGACACUGAUACUCAGUCACUUAUCGGGAGUCCCUCAACCCGUAUAGCACCUCAUAUUAUUGGAGCAGAGGAUGAUGAUUUUGGUACUGAACAUGAACAGAUCAAUGGGCAGUGCAGCUGUUUCCAGAGCAUUGAACUGCUAAAAUCUCGCCCUGCUCACUUGGCUGUUUUCUUACACCAUGUAGUUUCACAGUUUGACCCUGCAACGCUGCUCUGUUAUCUCUAUUCAGACUUGUAUAAACAGACCAAUUCCAAGGAGACUCGUCGCGUCUUCCUUGAGUUUCAUCAGUUCUUCCUGGAUCGAUCUGCUCACCUGAAAGUUUCUGUUCCUGAUGAGAUAUCGGUAGAUCUAGAAAAAAGAAGACCCGAGCUUAUUCCUGAGGAUCUACAUCGCCACUAUAUCCAAACUAUGCAAGAAAGAGUCCACCCGGAAGUUCAGAGGCACUUGGAAGAUUUUCGGCAGAAACGUAGCAUGGGGCUGACCUUGGCCGAAAGUGAACUCACUAAACUUGAUGCAGAGCGAGACAAGGAUCGGGUAACUUGGGAGAAGGAACGGGCAUGUGCAGAGCAGAUUGUUGCCAAAAUUGAAGAAGUGUUGAUGACUGCUCAGGCUGUAGAAGAAGAUAAGAGUUCGACAGUGCAGUAUGUUAUUCUCAUGUACAUGAAGCAUUUGGGAGUAAAAGUGAAAGAACCUCGAAAUUUGGAGCACAAACGGGGUCGGAUUGGUUUCCUUCCAAAAAUCAAGCAAAGUAUGAAGAAAGAUAGGGAAGGCGAAGAAAAAGGGAAGCGAAGAGGCUUCCCCAGCAUCCUGGGGCCUCCAAGGAGACCAAGCCGUCAUGACAACAGUGCAAUUGGCAGAGCCAUGGAACUACAGAAACAACGCCACCCUAAGCACUUAUCCACACCCUCAUCUGUGAGUCCUGAACCUCAGGACUCUGCUAAGUUGCGCCAGAGUGGGUUAGCAAGUGAAGGAACAGACAUUGGAUACCUGCCAGCCAAUUGCAUGUCCCCUGUGGUUUCAGGGACCACUCUUUCCCAGGAAGGAGGGAAAGAAAAUGAUAUGGGAUCAAAGCAAGUUGGAGAAACACCAGCAUCCGGAGACUCCUUAGAUGGCACACCUCGUACUUCCAAUACCAUCUUUGAUUUCCCACCUCCUCCAUUAGACCAAGUACAAGAGGAGGAAUGGGAAGUAGAAAGGAUGACUGAACAUGGGACACCAAAGCCCUUUCGAAAGUUUGACAGCGUAGCUUUUGGAGAAAGUCAAAGUGAGGAUGAACAGUUUGAAAAUGACUUAGAAACAGAUCCACCCAACUGGCAACAGCUUGUUAGUCGAGAAGUGUUAUUGGGACUAAAGCCUUGUGAGAUCAAAAGACAGGAAGUAAUUAAUGAAUUGUUCUACACUGAAAGAGCUCAUGUUCGAACACUGAAGGUUCUUGAUCAAGUAUUCUAUCAGCGAGUGUCCAGAGAAGGAAUUCUGUCACCUUCAGAACUACGGAAAAUUUUUUCAAACUUGGAAGAUAUUCUUCAGCUUCACAUUGGGUUGAACGAGCAAAUGAAGGCUGUUCGAAAGAGGAAUGAGACUUCUGUUAUUGAUCAGAUUGGGGAAGAUUUGCUGACCUGGUUCAGUGGACCAGGGGAGGAAAAGUUGAAACAUGCUGCUGCUACCUUUUGCAGUAACCAACCUUUUGCCCUGGAAAUGAUCAAGUCUCGUCAGAAAAAGGAUUCUAAGUUCCAGACUUUUGUGCAAGAUGCUGAGAGUAAUCCACUAUGUCGUCGUCUACAGCUGAAGGAUAUCAUUCCCACUCAAAUGCAGAGGCUUACUAAGUACCCUCUUCUAUUGGAUAAUAUUGCCAAAUACACAGAAUGGCCAGUGGAAAGGGAGAAGGUGAAGAAAGCUGCAGAUCACUGUCGUCAGAUCUUAAAUUAUGUAAAUCAGGCUGUCAGGGAGGCAGAAAACAAGCAGCGCUUAGAAGAUUAUCAGCGUCGCCUUGAUACCUCCAAUCUGAAGUUGUCAGAGUACCCAAAUGUUGAAGAGCUCAGGAAUUUGGAUUUAACAAAAAGGAAGAUGAUUCAUGAAGGGCCAUUGGUUUGGAAGGUGAAUAGAGAUAAAACUAUUGAUCUGUACACAUUGCUGCUGGACGACAUUCUUGUACUGUUACAAAAGCAGGAUGAUAGACUGGUGUUAAGGUGUCAUAGUAAGAUUCUGGCAUCUACAGCUGAUAGCAAACACACAUUUAGCCCUGUCAUUAAGUUGAAUACAGUGUUGGUUCGACAAGUGGCAACAGAUAACAAAGCUUUAUUCGUCAUCUCCAUGUCAGAUAACGGAGCCCAAAUUUAUGAACUGGUGGCACAGACAGUUUCUGAAAAGACUGUCUGGCAGGACCUAAUCUGUCGGAUGGCUGCAUCAGUGAAGGAGCAAUCCACAAGGCCAAUUCCACUGCCCGAGUCCCCUCCUUGCGAAGGAGACAAUGAUGAAGAAGAACCUCCAAAAUUAAAAGUGGAGCAUCAUGGCAUUUCUGUCACUGGUCUGCAGAGUCCAGACAGAGAUUUGGAAUUAGAGUCUCCCUUAAUAUCGUCAAAACCUCAAUCUCAUUCACUGGGUACCUCUGGGAAAUCGGAGGUAGAGGAUCUCUUUGUGGCAGAGAGACAGUUUGCAAAGGAGCAACAUGCAGAUGGAGUGCUAAAGGAAGUUGGAGUAAAUUAUCAAAUCGCAAUCCCAGAGUCACACUUGCCUGUCUCAGAAGAACGGUGGGCAGUGGAUGCACUAAGGAAUUUGGGUUUUUUGAAGCAGUUGCUGGUGCAACAGCUGGGUUUGACUGAGAAGAGCACUCAGGAAGACUGGCCACAUUUCCCAAGAUACAGGACAGCCUCUCCGGGGAUGCAGGCAGACAGUGGAACCCGGAACUCUGAAACUCUCAAGGCCUAUCAUCCUGGGGAAGGACAGAUGCCCUUUAGAACUGGAACUGGUGACAUUUCAUCUUGUUACAGUCCACGGACUUCAGCUGAAUCUUCUGCUCCACAAGAUUCAGUGGUACUGGCAUUCCAAGAUAGCCAGGCAAGUGACAUUUUAGUAAUGGACCACAUGAUUAUGACCCCAGAGAUGCCUCCUGCAGAGCCAGAAGGGGGUCUUGAUGAGAGUGGAGAGCACUUUUUUGAUGCCCGUGAAGCACAUAGUGAUGAUAAUCCAUCAGAAGGUGAUGGACCAGUUAAAAAGGAAGAGAAGGAUGUUAAUUCACGCAUCUCAGGAAAAUAUUUGAUCCUUGAUGGCUAUGAAACAGUGCAGGAGAGCUCUACAGAUGAGGAGGUUGCUUCCUCGCUUCCCUUGCAACCCAUAACAGGCAUCCCUUCUAUGGACUCUACUCACCAGCAGCAACAUUCUCCGCAGAAUGCUAAUUCUGAGGGGGCAGUUUCACCGUUCACCCCAGAAUUCCUGGUCCAGCAGCGCUGGGGAGCUAUGGAGGAUUCCUGUUUUGAGAUCCAGAGUCCCCCACCUUAUGCAGAUUCACAAAGCCAGAUCAUGGAGUACAUUCGUAAGAUAGAGGCUGACCUUGAACACCUAAAGAAGGUGGAGGAAAGUUAUACCGUUCUUCGCCAAAGGCUGGCUGGAUCAGCUCUCACAGAUAAGCACUCAGAUAAAAGUUAGAGCUGCGUGUCCUGGAGGUGACUGAAGGUUGUUGGAUUUUGAGCAUCGGCCUUGUAUCACCACAUCUUGGCUCCAGUGUGGACACAGAGAGUGUGUGUGACAGAGGAUCUGCCUGUGAACCCCCUGGGGUUCGCCAUUCCCAGGGUGCCCAGAGCAAGACUAGUUCUUCACAGUCUGGCAGCUGCACUAGUCUGUCAGUGAGGGAAUAGCCAUUCUCUCACUCUGCUCUCCUCACUAUCAGAAAUUCAUUUUGAUUCAGAACAAAAACCAAAUGUAUAGAGCUUUGGGUGUAGGAUAUGAAAUUUUACUUAGACUUAAGAAAGAAAAUCAGAUGUAUUUAUUUGACUUCAUUCCGUAUUUGAAAGCACAUUUAAAUUUUUAUUUUGCCAUGUUUUGUUUUAAUUGAGUAGUGAGAUUUUUAGCCCUUUGUAUUUAGUACACCCAAGGAUCAAUUGCUCCUGAAGCAAAGAGUUCAGGAUGGGGUAUGAGGAGGUUGGAUAGAGAGGUGAAGAAGAGGAGGAAGUAAGGAGGAGGAGGGAGGAGCAUCUAGCCUUCACUAAACUGUGUUACAUGCCCUCUGCUGUCCAGUGGGCUGCUUCCCUGAGGGUCAUCUCAAUGGCGGAGUAUGCCGGUGGCUCCUAUGUGCAGAGGACUGAGCUGUGUGCUACCCAGGUGGGCAGAGAGUUGGUGGGCUUCCUCCAGCCUGAGGCAAGCACCUCUUCUCUGUAGCUGGGAUCCACCCCCAAUUAACAGGAAUCCUCAAUGUACUAAAUAGCAGGCACUUGAAAAUGGGUAUGUUUUCUUCUGUUGUCUUCUUUUCUAUUGAGGGUUGGGAUUUGGGAGGGAGAGGAAAGCAAAUUUUAUUUUCUUGACUAUAAAUUUGUUAUUCUUGGUAUUGUUUCAUUUUUAUAAUUAUACAUUAGACUUCGGCACUUGUGUAAAAUUAUCCCUGCAGAUUAAGCAGGAAGUAAAAACAAACAAAUGGAGAUGCUUCAGAUGGUGGUAGGGGUGGGGGUUGCUGAGGAAGGGUGGGAUGGGAGUGGGUGAAAGAGUUCAGGAAGGUUAUCUAACUGAAUCACUACUGAGUUGAACAAUGGCUAUCAUUAGCCACGGGUACUGCUGAUUAUAAGGCCAGUAAAAUUUUAGUACCUGGAGGUUUGACUCUAAUUUUUGCACUGAUGGUGCCAAAGGGCUCUUUGAGUUAAAAGGAGAGCCAAGAGUGGAGUGGAGAAGUGGUGGAGAAGGCAGAGCUGCUCAAACCAGCUCCAGAGCACUUCCUCUGACUUCACUGCUGGAGCUUUCUCCACACUGGUGGGUGACUGACCUGAAAAAUUGCAGACCAGAACAUACACUGGACACUGCAGGCAAGCUGUUGGUAACUGCGUGCUCUAGAAUGAAUAGUAGUAUUGGCAGCACCCAACAGAGGAUAAGUGGUUUGGAAUUGUAACUUGAGAACAUCUUCAAUUAUAUUGGCUUUCUGUGGUUUUCUUUGUGCAUCAGGUCUAUAUGUUUUGGAGUAUUUUUGCCAACUAAAACUAAAUCAUUUGUCAAACUUAAAAUUCUGUUAAUAUGCAGAGAGUUCAUCCACUGCUCAUGUCUUUCAGUAGUGCCCUCUGAACUCUGUGGGGAGUCAGGAUGUAGUUUUAUUCUUCCCUGCAGUCCAAUAUGUAUUUAUAUAUUUUUUUCUUUCCCCCUCAUCAUAAGUGGUAAGGAUUCCCAACUACUUUUAUAAACACCACUACAACUUAACAAGCUUAUUUAUGUCCCGAUUCCUGUUUCUGUCUUUUCAAAACUGAUCUAUUUUUAAGUAGACCAACUUACAUCAUUGGACCUCAUCUAUAAAUUAGAAUUAUAUUUUGAGUUGUAGACCAAGUAUAAAUUAAAUCAGAAUGGGAUUAAAAAUUUUAGAAGCAGAAGCUAAUAUAUAAGUGAAGCUUAGAACUUGAACUUCCUGUAUCUGUUAAGAGAAACAAGUAGAAACCAAAUGGUUACAUCGUGCUGCUGGAAAUAAUGUAGUCAUUCCCAAGUAAAAGGGUUACACCUGUGGCCACUUGACACUAAUACCAUCAGCGGGCAAUUAGGAGAAAGGUAAAUAUAAAUAGAACUUUCAUCUUAACUGCAGACAGUACAGGGUAAUUACAGAAUUCUCUAGCACUCAUUUGAGAAGCUUUGUAGGUUAGAAAUGUUUUGGUUUCUCUUUUAGCUCAGCCAAUAUCUUGUCCUUAGCGACUAUUUGCUUUUCUUUUCCUGCAGUUUAACCUCUCCUUGGAACAAAAGCAGGCUAACUGGAAAAAUACUUUGACCAUAGCUCUAGUACUUCCAAAUAAAUUCAUAUCUAGGUUUUCAAACGAAGUCUAAUUCUGAAAAGAUCCCACCAUUUUGACUGUUCUUUUUAUCUUACCAGCCUAAAUUUUUCCCUCCCUCCCAGCCAGGCUUCCCAACACCUUCUAUUUUGACCAUUGUAAUCACAUCCAUUUUACUUUGAUACUAUAUCUGCCUUUCAGGAUGAUGGAAUUAGAUCCUGUCUUUGAGUGAGACUAGUUAUCAUCAAAGCUGUUUUCUCCAAGUUAUGUGACUAGAAGUUGGAAUCUACUUCCAUGUGGAAGGAUCCAAGGGUGGUGGACAAAGCAGCCUUCCCAGAGCAGGAGAGCUGGGGUUUAUCUAUUGAAGUGACCUGCCGUGACCCUGUGCUCUCUCCUGUUGGUGGGCCUAAUGGCUCCUUUGCUAUUAAGUGCCAAAUUACAUUUGGAGUGUCUCUUUCCUUUUCGGAGAACCAAGUUAAUCAAGGCAAAUCAGCAGGCCCCCAAAGUGCUAUAAUUUAAAAUCACAAUUACUGCCCUAGAAGCCAUAUAUUUUGCAUAUAUUAAAACCAGCUAACUUAGACUGAGUUAUCUUGGCUAAACUGUAACUAUUUAUUGUAUUAUACUGCACAGAAGGUCUAUUUCUUAAGCUUUUUGGCUUUCUUUUUCCUAAAACAACUUCUAACAUAACUGUUAGAAAGUAUGACUCCCUUUAAAAAAGUUUUUUUGUUUAUUUGUUUUUGGGGGGGGGAGCUAACGUGAUAGGAGAGGAUAAAAGUCCAUUUUUUCUUACUUUUAGAGGCUGAAGUAAAUGAUUAUGCUUCCUGUAAGUUGUCUUUCACUUGAAUACUUUUUUUUGAUGUUGGUAAAUUCGGUGUAUUACGUGGAGCUACCCUGUUUCAAACUGGCUGCUGUCUUCUCUGAAGGUGGUGUAGGUUGUUAUUUUGAGCUACUAGAGCUUUGGUCAGUAUUUCCUCCCCUAUAUGUCACAGAGGGCACCCUUGAGAACUGUGUACAGAGGACCUCAAAGUAGAAAAUUAGCAGGACCUUCUAGUCAUCUUUGUGCUGGUGAAUUGUUUUCCCCCUAGAAUUGUAACUUUUGUUUUGUAAAUUAUGCUUUUUCUGACUUUUCUACCCCUUUUCAAAGUGAUCUGCAAAAUUGAUCUUUCCUCAAGAAAAGAGUCGCUUUUGCCUCAUUCCUUAUGCCUUCCCUACUGGUACUGAUGGUUUUGAUAAUAAAUUGGUAGAAAAAAAUGUACCUCCUAGAAGGAAGCCCUGUCCACCAUUUCCAGGUGCCGACAGCUAAGCAGAUGUACUGCAAAAAUGAUAACUGUAAAGUGCACACUGUGGGGUAUUUUUAAUAAGCCUCUUCCUACUAGAACAUUUUAUUUUCCUUGUUCACCAUACAAUCAUGUACUUUUUAACAGAAAUUUCUUUUAAAAAAAUCUGGAACUAUCUAAAAAAUCUUUAUUAAUAAUCAUGUAUUUUUACUGAUCACAUUUUGAAAAGCCUAAAAGACUUUAUUGUUCUAAUUAUCCAGAUGUACCUUUGUAAAAUAGCUCUUUUAUGAAUUAGCUGAUAAGGCUGUAUGUUUCUGGAACAAAAUAUUGGUCAUCUAAAAACUUUCUGUUUUCUGGGGUCUGGGAAAAUAGAAAAUGAGAGUUCAAAUAUUAAAUAUGCUUAAAGGAACCAAG